CAACAUCACAACAACAACUACAACUAUAUAAUAAUGAUUUGCAUACGUAAACCACCUGAUAGUCAGAUUAGAGAUAUGAUGACACAGAGAAGAGAGACACCAUUCCCUUAUGCAUUUGUUCAUGGUACAAAGGAGUAUGAUACAAAGGAACAAUAUGAGAACGAUCCAAAGUACCAGAAUUAUGAUAUAGAUCAUUUCAGAGUCAAGUUGGGACAGGGUCGCGAAUGCUUUGAGCGCGCAGUGGCCGCCCUCAAGUCAUGGAAGCAGUUCGAUCUCGACUGGGUCAACUUUUGCUUCAACGACGUGCCCGUGGCCGUCGGAAACACAGUGGCUGUGGCAUCACGGCAGUUUGGCUUCUGGGCGCUGUCCUUCUGUCGGAUCGUCUACGUCAUUGACGGGCCGGAGGAGGACGAGAACGUCAUCCGCUACGGCUUUGCCUAUGGCACACUCGAUCACUUGGAGCGCGGAGAAGAACGAUUCGUCAUUGAAUGGCGACGCGAUCAGAAUGGCGAAGGCGAUGUAUAUUAUGAGUUGCUAUCUUUCUCUGAACCACAGCAUCUGUUAACUCAACUUGGUUAUCCUGUGGCCAGAUUCUUUCAAGUAAGUCAUCAUAUCAUCAAUCAAUGUCAAUGUCAAAGUAAUCUCAUACUCAUGCUCAUUCUCCUUAAUCAUCCAUCCAUCAAACAGAACAAGUUUAAAAUAGACUCU